AAAAGAUACGAAAUCGAUCGAAAAUUCUUAAUUCAAAUCAAUUGUUAAUAUGAUCGACAUUGUUAAAUACGUUGAUGCGUUUGAAAAUUUUUCUGCAUGUUCAUUGAUAAUGUUUUUUUGGAUUGAUAAAAAGAAAAGAAAAAGUUAGUUCACAAAAUUGACUCGAGUGGCAGUAGUGGUCAGUUAUAAUACUGGACAUUAAUUUGACUAGCGAUCGAUGUAAACAACAUGGCGGUCAAAGUCAAUAUGUCAAUAGGUGUAAAAAACGGUAUCUAAAUAAUCAAUAUUUAAACAUGUUACGGCUCGAUAGAUAGUAAUGUAAUUAAAAUAUAAAAGCGAUUCGGAUACAGGGCUAAGUAGAACUUUUAAUGCGUCAUUAUGUCAUCCGAAAAGGUACUCUAUCGCUUGGACCAACCUCAUGGUACCGGAACUGUUUACGCUUCCUGGCGACCUGGUAAUAGUACUCAUAUUGCAACUACUGGUUGCGAUUCAUCUGUUGCAAUAUUUGAUAGACAAGGAGACCUUCAAGAACGUAUACAAAUUCCUGGAUUAUGUACCGGCUUCGGUUGGGACGCGGAUGGUGAUUUACUCGCUAUCAUAUCACAAAACUCUUCUACCAUAACUUUGUGGGAUGCGACCACAGGUAAAAAGUCUCAAAUGGAUGCGGGCGUUAGGGACAAUCUAACGUGUAUGAUGUGGGCCAAAAGAAACUGUUUGCUAGCCGUGGGAACGCAAAAAGGGAAUUUAGUACUUUACGAUCACGUUAAUGCCAAGCGUAUGCCAAUUUUGGGAAAACAUAAGAAACGGAUAUUGUGCGGUGCGUGGUCUAUAGAAGGUCUUCUUGCUUUGGCAAGCGAAGAUAAAAUGUUAACAAUCAAUACGAGCGAAGGAGACACUCGCAGGGAGAUAACUUUGCAAGGCGAACCGUCUGACAUACAAUUCAGCGAAAUGAAAAUGGAUCAUCGUAUAGGCGGAGAAAAUACGGUAUCUCUUAUCGUCAGUAAAACUACAUUGUUUCUAUAUAAUAUUUUGGAUCCAGAUAAUCCAAUUGAAUUAGCCUUUCAAAAACGUUAUGGCUCGAUUGUUACCUACAAAUGGUACGGAGAUGGAUAUAUAUUGGUAGGUUUUGAAGCUGGAUAUUUCAUUGCCAUAUCGACUCAUAUAAAAGAAGUUGGUCAAGAAUUAUUUCAAAUAAAAAAUCACAAAGAUUCCUUAACAGAUAUUUCAUUGAGCGAAAAUAUAGGAAAAGUAGCUACUUGUGGAGACAGUACCGUCAAAAUACACAGUUUACAAAAUUUAGAGGAAACAGAAAAGAUGAUCUCUGUGACUGGAGAAACUGGUAUUAAUAAAGUUGAAUGGUCGACGGAUGGUACGAUGAUAGCAGUAGUAACUUAUGUUGGAAACGUUCUUAUUUAUUUAGUUGAAAUUCCAAAAUUAACUAGCGUUUGUGGUAACAGAAUAGCAUUGUUAACAAGCUUGAUUGAAGUUACCGUUCACCUUUACAAAUUAGACAAGGAAAAACCAGAACCACAAAUAAUUAAUACUAUAAUAGAACCAUCUGUGUUAGCUGUAGGCCCACUUCACGUAGCUGUAGCUUUAAACAAUAGAGCUCUCUUUUGGGACUUAUCUACGUAUCAAUAUGACAUUAAUACACAUUUUGAACGUGAUUAUUUAGCAACUGUCGAUAGUAUAUCUUUAAACGAAACAUAUGUUUCUGUUUUAUUCGAUGGAAAAUUACAAUUACAAUUGAUCAAAGUAGAUCAAACGUUAAUAAACAAUGGGAAAGAUACGAAAUUAUUUCCAGAGUCAAAUAAUUUAAAUGCAAGAAUAACGUGCCAUGCAUUGUCAUCAGAAUUUCUAAUUUAUGGAACAGAUAUGGGCCAUAUUAUAUAUUUUUAUUUAGAGGCAUUUAAUAAAUCGACAGAAUUUACACAUAAUAAUGGUAUCAAAAAUAUAUAUUUAGAUGCAAAUGGAACACAAUUAUGUUUCAUCGAUAGUAAAUCAGAUGUUUAUUUAUAUGAUCCGAUUAAUGAAAAUAUCAUUCAAGUGCCUGAAUGUCCAGAAGCCAUAGAAGGUAUUAUAUGGGACCAAAAUAUCUUCGAACGUUCGAUAUUUGCGAUAUAUAAUAAGAAUAUUAUUGUUACAUAUAUUUUUAUCAAAUACUUUGUCGAAGGUCAAAAGAUCAUCAAAGUAAAUUCAACAAAAUUGCCAUCAGAAGCAUUACCUAUGUUAAUGUAUUCUGGAGAAGUAACGUUAAGCACACCGAGUAGCAAAUUAAUACAGAUAACAUUAGCUUCGCACGAAGAUGUAGGAAAUAUAGUAGAUACUAAAAAGAUCAAUGAAAUAUUCAACAAUCAUAUCAUGUGUACCAGAUUCGACAAUGCUUGGAAUAUUUGUGAUAAAUUAAAUGACAAUGAUCUAUGGUUGAAACUGGGUCAAAGUGCAGUGGCAAAUUUAAAUAUCGAAUUUGCAAUUCGAGUUUAUCGACGUAUGGAAGAUGCUUCAAUGGUUUGGGCAUUAGAAAAAAUAGAAAAUAUAAACGAACUGAAUUUAUUAUGCGGACACGCAUGUUUGUUACUUGGAGAUUAUAAUCAAGCUGAAAAAUUUUUUUUACAAUCAUCCGAACCUGUACAAGCUUUAUAUCUACGAAGAGAUUUGAUGCAAUGGGAACAAGCUCUUAGUUUGGCACAGAAAUUAAAAUCUGAUGAAAUACCAUUCAUCGCUAGAGAAUAUGCUCAACAAUUAGAAUUUAUAGGAAAUUAUCCAAAAGCAUUGGCUAAUUACGAACGAGGUUUACUCGAUCCAAAUUCGACAUCUAGUUCUAAUUCACAAGAUAUUCAACAUAAAAAUCAAUGUUUGGCUGGUGUCGCAAGAAUGUCUAUAAGAUGCGGAGACAGUAGAAAAGGUGUGAGUAUCGCCAUGGACAAUGACAGCUCCAGAUCGUUAAGGAAAGAAUGUGCAGAAAUUUUGGAGGCUAUGAAGCAAAUCAACGAAGCUGCUGUAUUGUAUGAGAAAGCAGAAUAUUUUGAUAAAGCUGCUUCGGCAUAUAUCAAAUUAAAGAAUUGGCAUAAAGUAGGACAACUAUUGCCACAAAUAUCUUCACCUAAAAUAAAUAUACAAUACGCCAAAGCUAAAGAAGCAGAAGGAAGAUACGAGGAAGCUGCAAAGGCGUACGAAACUGCUAAAGAUUACGACAAUAUAAUAAGAAUCAAUCUUGAUUAUUUGAACAAUCCUGCUCGAAGCGUAGAGAUUGUACAACAAACUAAGAGCAUAGAAGGAGCCAAGAGGGUAGCUAAAUAUUUCCAAAAAAUAAACGAUUAUAAUUCGGCUAUCAAAUUCUUAAUUCUUUCUAAUUGUCAUGACGAAGCCUUCCAACUUGCCAAUCAGCAUGGUAAAAUGGAAUUAUAUGGUGAAAUUUUAAUAAAUACUAUUGACGAUGAUAAUAGUAGGAAGGAAGACUUUAAGAAUCUCGCUGUACACUUUGAAUCUCAAAAAAAUAGUCUUUUAGCGGGCAAAUAUUAUUUUCAUGCUAAGGAUUAUCAAAAGGCAUUGAAACAUUUACUUAAAGCUGCACAAUUGACCGUCGAUGAUGACGCGGCACUAUCAUUGGCAAUAGAUACAGUAGCUUCGUCUAAAGACGACAAAUUAGCUAAUCAUUUGAUAGAUUUUUUAUUAGGUGCAGAUGGAGUACCAAAGGAUCCAAAAUAUUUGUUUCGAUUGUAUAUGGCAAGAAAACAAUAUAAAGAAGCAGCAAAGACAGCGAUAAUCAUUGCUAAUGAAGAACAAAUUAAUGGAAACUACAGAAACGCUCACGACGUUUUAUUCGGCAUGUAUCAAGAAUUAAAAAGAAAUAAAAUAAAUACGCCUCUGGAAAUGCAAAAUAAUUUGAGAUUAUUACAUUCUUACAUAUUAGUAAGACUUCAUGUAAAAAGAAACGAUCAUUUACGAGGUGCCAGAAUGUUAAUCAGAGUUGCGAAUAAUAUUUCUAAAUUUCCAUCGCAUAUCGUCCCAAUUUUAACUUCAACAGUUAUAGAAUGUCACAGAGCAGGUUUGAAACAGGCAGCAUUCAAUUUCGCAGCUAUGUUAAUGCGUCCUGAAUAUAGAACACAAAUUGACAUUAAAUAUAGCAAAAAGAUCGAGGCUAUAGUAAGAAAACCACCAAGGUCUAAAGAUAAUGAGCUCGAAGACGAACCUUUAACUCCAUGUCCAUAUUGUAAAAGUAAAGUUCCUGAGACUGAAAUAACCUGUGAUAAGUGCAAGAAUACAAUUCCAUUUUGCAUAGCUACGGGAAGACAUAUCAUAGAAGAUAAUUUUACAGUUUGUCCGCAAUGCGAUUUUCCUGCUAUCAGAAGUGAAUUUUUACGAAUCAUCGAAUCCGAUGAGACGUGUCCAAUGUGUUCUGAACACAUAGAUCCUAAUAUUAUAUCAUCGACAGUUGAUAUUCGUCCAUAUCUCGAACUUCAAGAAAACACAAUAACAGAAAAAAUUUAACUUGUUCAUCUGAAGCGUCCUAUAUAUUAUUUACGAUCGUACUAAAGAUAGAAAUUUAUUUUUAGUGCCUUAGAAAAAGAAUAAUUACUUGGUAAAAAUUAAGAAGGUAAUACUCAUUCUGAUAUAUAAAGAUAACAAUAACUGUAUAUAAUUAAGUUACGUAAGAUGCUUAACACG